GAGCCUGCUUACUGGCGACAGCACAUUGACAAUAUCCGCCACAUGCGCCGGCACCGGAAUGCUCCCGUCGAUUCCAUGGGCUGUGAAACGCUGACCGACCCGAACACUCCCCCAGCAGUUGCAAGAUUUCACGUGCUCGUCUCUCUGAUGCUUUCUUCCCAGACCAAGGACGCCAUGACAGCUGCCGCAACGCGACGUCUACAGGCCUUGCCUGGAGGGCUAACGCCCAAGUCGAUGGCAAGCAUGGAGCCAGAGGCUAUAGCUCAAGUCAUUUAUGGUGUUGGAUUCUGGCGGCGCAAGGGUGAGUAUAUUCACAAGACAGCCAAGAUUCUCUUGGCUGAACACAAUGGCGACGUACCCGCCACCAUUGCUGAGCUCGUCAAACUGCCUGGCGUGGGAAUGAAGAUGGCCCAGAUUGCCAUGGCCGUGGCCCAUAAUACAGUGACGGGUAUCGGCAUCGAUGUCCAUUGUCAUCGCAUCGCCAAUCGCUUGGCUUGGUGUGACACGGCCCAAAAGACGCCGGAGCACACUCGUGUUGCACUCGAGCGUUGGCUACCUCGUGAACUGUGGGGAGAAAUCAAUCUCCUGCUCGUCGGUUUUGGCCAACAGAUAUGUCUACCUCGAGGCCCAAAGUGUCACAGUUGCUUAAACCGGGACAUUUGCCCUGCAGCA